GCUCAAGGGCGGCCUCGGGUAGCGGGGCCGAAGGGUUUGGGGAGGGCGGAGGAGAGCCCCGGUCUCUUUUCUCUCUUUUCCUGUGGUUGUAUAUGCGACUGGUGGCUGUUGGGCCCCUCCCCUGGCCGGGGUCGCGCUGCCAAUGGGGUCCCGUUGCCUCAAGUGGGAAAGGCCUUUCUCUCUUCUCUGGCCCCGGGAGGCCCUGUCUCUAGGGAGGGAGAGAGGGGGGAAACCUCUCCUCCUCUGCCCUUUUUGCACUUUUUAACGUGGGUAGGGGGCCUUUCCCGGCUGUAAGUCACUGCCUGAGUGUGUACCGUGUGGACGGGGUUACUUUUAAGAGCCGUGUGCUGGGGUGAGUCGUUUGCUUGUGUCGGUUUGAAGAGGCGUGUGACCAUUGGGAAUAGCAGUUUAACUAGAACAACAGUUAUCAAACAGAAGAAAGAAAGUUUGCAGGCCAGGUGGGGUACAAGAAUAAGGUCAAGAAAAACUUAAAUGGACUUCUGAAGCAGAAGGAAGAAAAAUGGAGGCAGAGACCAUUUUAAAUCUUAGAAACCAACUCAAGGAAGCAGAGAACGAGCGAAGAAAGGCAGCACAAUAUGGCUUGCAUUUACUGGAGUCCCAAAGUGAAGUUCAAAAUCAGCUGGAUCAAGCACGCCAUGAGCUGACUGAGAAGACUGAGAAAUUUGAACAAGAAAAAUACACUCUUCAGAGAGAAAUUGAACUCAAGAAUCGAAUGUUGGAAAACCUCAGUUUUGAAUAUGAUUCCCUUAAGCAACAGCAAAACGUGCAACUGGAUAAACAGAAAGAACAGCUUGCCAGAUUCUAUGGACAAGAAAUCGGUGACCUUAAAAACAAGUUGGAGGACCUGAAAGCAGAACUAGAUGAAACCCGACUCUCAGAGAAGCAGUUGAGACACAAAGUGGAUCAUCAGAAGGAAAUAAUUGCUGCCAAAUCAGAAGAGCUACGAAUGAUGUCUGAACGUGUACAUGAGACCAUGUCUUCAGAAAUGCUCAAUCUACAGAUAGAACUCACUGAACUAGAAAGUGUGAAGGCCAAUGUUGAAGAAAAGCUGAAUGAACUGCAGUAUGGUAAAGAACAAUUAGAACUCAUAAAUUGUAACUUACGUAAUCAGCUGGAGCGUCUACAGAGAGAAAAAGAAGAAAGGGAAAAAGAAGUUGUUUCUUACUGUAAUGCAUUAGAGAAAGCUCGUGAAGCUAAUCAAGAGCUUCAGGUUCAGCUGGAUCAUGCAGUGCAGCAAUCUUUGGACCCUACAAGUAAAGGCAAUUCUCUCUUUGCUGAGGUGGAGGACCGUAGGGCAGAAAUGGAACGACAGCUGAUCAGUGUGAAAAUAAAAUAUCAGUCACUACAAAACCAGCAUGCAUUCACUAGAGAACAAUUGCACAGAAUGAAGGAAAUUGAAACCUUGAAAAAUGAACUAUCCUUGCAGAGGAUGAAAGCUCUGCACGAGAGCCAAAGGGCUCUGGAAGUGGAAAGGAAACUCUUCACAAAUGAGAGACAUUUGCAAACUUGUCAGAGUGAGAAUAUGAACUUGCGAGUUACGCUGGAUGAGCUAAAAAUGAAAUACGAACCUGAAGAAUUACUUAAAGGCACAAAAAUUAAAAAGAAGAAGGAGAAGAUUCCAGUGGAUGCUACUUGUGAAUACCUGGACAGUAAAAAUACUUCAGUAAAAGAAGAUGCUCUCACUGAAUUGCCAAGUAAGGAAGAAACUAAGAUGACUUCCAGGGACUUGGAGCAAAGUGGUACUUCUCCAAAAAAGCAAGCUCUUGAAGCACCGCCAAUGAACAUAGGUCUUCAAGCAAUGCAGAAAGUCAUUGAACCUGUAAGAGAAAGAAAGAGAGUUAAGAUUAAAGAUGAGAAUCAUGAUGCCUUUACUUCGUGUAGCAGAAGUGGAAAUAGUUCCUUAACUUCAGCUGCCUCCAGGUUAACAGCUGAAUCCAGCUUUGAAACUACGGAUAACGAAGAGAAGAAAGAAAAUAAAAUCAUGACUGAGAAGAAAACAGAAAAGAAAAAAUAUACAACAUUAUAUGUAUCUUCUAAGCCAACUCCUGAAACACAAUGUGCUCAGCAAUAGAACUUGUAUUUUUUCCUGGAAGGAACCUGAACAAUUUGCAGUCCUGUUUCAGCAGGAAAUACUGAGUUAUGUGCAGGUUCCUGACUUAGAUAUUGUUCUGCCUUGUUGAAUGAAGAGUAUGAUCACAUUAAUGAGAUUUGCACUCUUGAUCAGUUCCCAGAGAGCACGUGUAAGGUUCCUUGGCAACAUCAAGUGCUGCCUUGUCUUGAAUCUGGGUGAAGUCUCUUAACAGAUGUUAAUCACUAUUAGUUUGAAGCACAGAGCUAUUGAGAAAGGAGUGCUUGCUAUGGAAGUUUUAUUAUGCGGUAAGUCAGGAGUCACCCCUGAGCAAGACAGACAGUGUUGAUGUGGGACUCAGCUGAGUCGUGUGCUCCUGAAUUUCUUCCAGUUGCUGGAUUUGGAAUUCCUAACAUUUGUCCCUCUACUGUGUAGCUGUUCACUUUUCAGACUGACCUCAUUGCAAAGGCACAUCUGAAUCUUUCAAUGUGUUUUGUGGAUAGUAUUCCUUUAAAACUUUGUAAGUUCUUGUAUUUAUGCUAAUAGUUAAAAUAAACCUUUCUCUUCUGUUCUAAAAUAUAGUCUAUAUUGCAUUUGAGUCAAAACAUUUAUCUAAAGCUGUCAGUUUUUGAGACGAUGUAUUUUGUACAAAGGAUUUUGUUUUUCUAAAAAAAAUUACCACUCAAUAAAAGCUAAGAAAGUGUUA